AUGGAUGAAGCCCGCGGCCAGGCGGAAGACGUGUCACAAACACCCGCCAUCAAUCCCCUCGACACACCAAGCAACGACGCCCUUGUGCUUACUGAUACUGAAAGGCUGAUACUAGACCUCUAUGCUAAGGAGCGCGAGCUCGAGUUGGAGCGCAGUCUUCUAGAAGCACGGCAGGCUGACAAUGACAUCGAGCAGCAGCUGAUCGUCGCCGAGCGCGAGGCGCUGGAAGCCAGGGCCGCAUAUUUGCUCCGGAACAAGAUUGUUGACCACGUUCUCGUCACGGACCCCGUCAUCAAAGCCGUCCAUGCUGGCUCGAACGCGUCAUAUGCUGAGAAGCGCCUCCUCCCUCUCAUUCAUGAGCGCGAUGUCCUUUCCAUGACACUCGCCACACUCACUUCUAGCCUGACAAGCACCAACUUGAGCCUUCAGAAAGCCUCACAGAGCGUCCAACUGGCCAACAAGAAGAACCAGGAGCUGGCCAAGACGCUCCUCGACCUGGCCGAGCGAAACAAGGCUCAGACCGCAGAUGAAGUACCCGAUGAAAACCUACGUGGGCAGAUCCGGGCUCUCGAGGAGCAGGUCCGAGACUCCCGGCGAAAAUGGCGCACGCUCAAGAGUAUUGUAGCAGGGGUGAUUGUUGGGAGCGGUGUUGACUGGGCGACAGACGAGAAGCUAAGGGAGCUGGUGCUUGACGAUGAAGAUUAUGCCGUCCGAGGCGAGGAGGUCUCGGAGUAA